ACGCGCUUCGACUGUCGCAGUCAGAUUUUUUUGCUGGCGAAAUGCCAGUACACUGCUGUGCACCGCUGUGCAAGCAGCGCGGAGUCACAGACAGCGAUGGGAGCAAGGUAUCCUUCCACCGCUUUCCGAAAGAUGCAAUGAUAUACAAGAAGUGGAUUGUUGCAAUCAAGAGGGAUGAAGGCCCAGAAUUUCAAGUCGGCAAGUCAACGAAGGUCUGCUCGAAGCAUUUUAGGUCAUCGGACUUUAUACCUAGCGUUGCGAGUGGCCGCAGCCUCCUUCGGGACUCGGCAGUUCCGUCAGUUUUUGCUUUUUCCAAGAAAAAGAAAGAACGGAAGCCCCCAAAGCCACGUGCUUCACCACAAGUAAGAAGCCAAAAUCCGGAUCUAGGCCCAGGAGUGCUAGGCGAUGAGCCUGUGCAUAGCCCAGAUGAAGUGGACGCAGCACCGGUCGGUCUAGAGGAACCCACUAGGCUCAACAGCUCACUUGAAGGUGAAAACGCACGUUUGGCCGAAACGAUAAAACAGAAAAACAACGAAAUCGCGCGGCUCCGAGACGAGUGUUGCCAAAUCAAAGAGCAGCUUGUUGCUGCAAAAGGAAUCAUCGGGCAACUGGGCUUAGAAAAGGCGUCCUUGAGUUGCCAACUUGCUGCUGAAAGAGAACGAACGGCUCCCUUCACAAUGGAACGGUUCAAGGACUGCGACGAAGACAUGCUAUUUUACACUGGGCUGCCAAGCUACAACCACUUCAAGAAACUUCUGGUCUACUUGAACCCCGGUGAUGAUGGGUGCAACGUUCUACGUUCAGAACGUGCAGAAAGCAGUGAACCCAGAUCAUCGCGAGGGCGUAAGAGAAAACUAAGCACGGAAAAUGAGCUGUUUUUGGUGCUAGUCCGACUGCGCCUCGGCCUGUUUGAAGAUGAUUUGGCUCACAGGUUCUGCAUUGCCCAGUAAACUGUGUCCCGAAUAUGCACAUCGUGGAUUAACUACCUGUAUGUGAAACUAGGCCUGUUACCUCUGUGGGCUCCUAGAAGAAUUGUAGAUGCUACAAUGCCACCCGAGUUUAAGGAAAAGUAUUCAUCGACUCGAGUAAUCCUGGACGCCACGGAAAUACAGUGCGAGGUGCCAUCAUCCUUGUCCCUACAGUCUACAACGUACUCCCCAUACAAGUCGAGCAACACAUUCAAGGGACUCAUCGGCGUCCUGCCUAAUGGCCUUGUCGCCUUUGUGUCAGAGCUUUUCACAGGAUCCAGCUCAGACAGAGAGUGUGUGAUCAGGAGUGGUUUUUUAGACUUGAAGUUUGACGACGAAGAUGCUGUUAUGGCAGAUAAGGGCUUUCGCAUCGAAGAUCUCUUGGAAAAGAAUGGAGUGAAAUUGAACCUGCCGCCGUUCCUGAAGGGUGGCACAUUCUCGCCUGAGGAAGUGAAAUCUACAAAGGAGAUUGCUGCUUUGCGGAUACACGUGGAGCGGCGGAUACAGCGGAUAAAGGCAUUCCACAUUUUUGAUAGACCCAUACCGUUAACCUUGGCUCCACUGAUUAACCAAAUUUGGACUGUGACGGCAAUCCUGAGCAACUUCCAGUCUUCUCUCAUUCAACAGUCGAGUGGCAAACCGCAACAAGAGCCUUAGAUGUGGCAAGCUAAAAAAUUACGCCCACUUUCCCACGAGGGGAUUUCUGCGAAGGAUGCGGAGCGUAACGGGGCUCCAUCUGAACAGCACUUUGCGACUUAUCACAAAGUAUCUAUUUUUGCAAUGCACCAAUGAGCGAUGGCGGAAAACGCUGCU